AUCCUCCCAACUAGAAGAAAAAUGGCUGUCGCCGCCGCCGCCGCCGCCGCCGCAGUCCUGCUACUUCUCCUCCCCUUCAGCUCCUCCUCCCUCGUCUCCACCCCCAAUCCAACCCUGCAAUAUCACCACGGCCAUCUCCUCACUGGUAAUCUCACCCUCCACCUCAUCUGGUACGGCCAUUUUUCCCCUUCCCAACGCUCCAGCAUCACAGACUUCCUCCUCUCCCUCUCCCCUUCUUCCUCCCUUCCUCCUCCUUCCGUCUCCUCCUGGUGGGCCACCACUCGCCUCUAUCUCUCCUCCCCUUCCACCAUCCUCCAUCUCUCUCCUCAACUCCUCCUCUCCUCCUACCCUCUCGGCCGCUCUCUCUCCUCCUCUGCUCUCCCCUCCCUCGCCUCUCUCUCUCGCCCCUCUCCUUCCUCCAUUUCCAUACUCCUCACCUCCUCCGACGUCUUCGUCGACGGCUUCUGCUCCUCCCGUUGUGGGACCCACUCCCGCCUCCCCAACGCCGCCUCCUUCAUCUGGGUCGGCGAUUCCUCAACCCAAUGCCCCGGCCAAUGCGCCUGGCCAUUUCAUCAACCGCCGUACGGCCCUCAGUCGCCACCGCUUGUCUCACCGAGCGGCGACGUCGGCGCCGACGGGAUGGUUAUUAAUCUCGCCACGCUGUUGGCCGGAACCGUGACGAAUCCCGACGGCAAAGGGUUUUUUCAAGGGCCGCCGGAGGCGCCGCUGGAGGCGGUGUCGGCUUGCACCGGGAUAUUUGGAAGUGGGGCCUACCCGGGCUUUCCCGGUAAGGUCCUCGUGGACCACACAAGUGGGGCCAGUUAUAACGCUGAAGGAGUGAAUGGAAGAAAGUAUUUGCUGCCGGCGAUGUGGGACCCCAAGACUUCGCAGUGCGCCACGCUCGUAUAGAAAUAAACUCUACAUGAAUGUGUACUAAGAAGAUGUUUAAUUAGCGAUUAAAGUUUCUGCGCACUAUAUUUUGAUUUGUGUGUUUGAUCAAUAAUUUGUAGUAUUUUUUAGCAUGCAAAUGAAAACAAUAAUAUGUUAUUAAAUAAUUUA